ACGAAUGUUCACUUGAUUCAGUCUCUCAACUCGAGAGUGCGACUCAGCGUAAUACACUAUCAAUGUGCCUAGAGUAGAUGCGGUCUGUGGUCAGGCAGCGCCAAUAAUUUGUAGGGUAGCGCCGUUUUUAGCCACUAUUAAUGUGGCCAGGCUUAUCGACGGAUUGUGUUUCUCACGCUGCGCUAGAUCUGCGAGUGUUAUCAGCUUUUGGCAGUGCGAAAGGCGAAACGUAAACAAACGACGCCCACGACACUGCACUUUUUUUUUCGCUCUUGUUGUUGCAAAGUCCUUGCCCCAAGUGGUGUUGCGUGUGUGUGUGUGUGUAUGUGUGUAGUGUACUGUAGUGUGUGCGUGUGUGUUGUGUGCGGAAGGUGCCUAAUUGUGCUGGUGGUCUAGACCCGCUGGCAGAUUGCUAAACACUGGCGCUGUGUGCGUUUCGUAGUCGCGCUUCCAAAUUCGCAAAUACAUUUUCCAUUAUUUUUAUUUAUUCUUGUUUUUUUUUUGUGUGUUGUUCUGUUACAACGUGAUUUUGAAAGCAGCAGCAGAACUGCUGCUGACGUACGAUUACUUUGUGUGCGAGAGUGUGAGUGCGGGAGAUUCCCAAACGUCGUGUCGUGUCGUGUGGGCGCAAUGACCAACGAGGAUUAUCUCGGCAUUUGGCUAAAGCUGAAUGCAAUCAACAACAACCAUACCGAGCAAUUCACCGAUAUCACAACCGUUGAUCCAACCACAAAUACCGAUGAAAUCCUUCAACAAACUCCCGACGACGAGGAGCAGACUUCUCACAUUGGGGCCGGUCUCUUGGUCUGGGUGAUCAUCAAUGCCAUCAUCUUUGUCUUUAUUCUAGGCGGCAACAUUCUCACCAUUGUUGCCGUGCGCACCUGUCGCAAUCUCCGUUCGGUUAUCUCCAAUCUCUUCAUUCUCUCGCUUGCCGUCUCGGACUUUAUUGUUGGCCUCGCGUUGCCCUAUCAUGUUGCCUUCUAUAUGGACAUGGGCGGUUAUCUGGGACGAUUGCGUGGCCUUUGUUUGCUGCGCUUCUUCUUGUUCAUCUGCGCCUGCUGCGUCUCCAUACUGACCCUCAUCUCCAUCGCCGUGGAUCGUUACAUUGCGGUUAUGUACGCUCUGCACUACAGACGUUACAUGACGCGUCGCAUGGCGUACUUGAUCAUCACGUGCAACUGGUGUCUAGGCGCCCUGGUUGCAUUAAUACCCAUCUUCUGGAAUAAGUGGAGCGAAUCGCAAGGCUGCGAGUUUGACGAGGUGCUGUUGCCCUGGUACGUCGCAGGAAUUAUAACGCCCGGCUUUGUGGUCAUCUGGAUCUGUAUGCUGGUCUUCUACUGGCGCAUCAUGCGAGAGGCCUCAAAGCAGGCGCAGCGAUUGCGACAUUCGGUUGUCUACAACACGCACAGUCCGCACAGCAUGCUGCAUCCGGACUGGAAAAGCGUUCAAAUUGUCGUCUUCAUCAUGGGCUGUUUUACGCUCUGUUGGCUGCCCUAUUUCUGUGUGGCCAUCGCGCAAUUGUUUAGCGUUUGUCGCAGCAGCUCGAUGAUCUACAAGACGGCCUUCUCGCUGGCCAUUGCCAACUCGGCCCUCAAUCCCAUUAUCUACUCAUGGAAGAACUCUGGCUUCCGUCGUGCCUUUGCCCAGACACUGUGCUGCAAGUCGGCGCGAUGUUGUCGUGUUGAUUCCGAUGAUGUUGAGAUGCGACUGCCGUCGGACAGUGUGAAGCAUCGCAUUGAUAGCACAAGCAGCUUUGAAGCCACUGCAAAACCCACAAAACCAACAAUAACAUGCAAAGCUAUAGAAGAUCUCUCAAGCCCUUGCCAAGGAACGCAAUAAACAGAUGUA